GUCUAUCAGAUCGGUCAGCAGAUAGUAAUGGGAUUAAUGGAUUGCAUGAGGCAGACAGGUGGUGCUGCUCAGGAAGGAGAUCCAACAUUGGUUUCCUCUGCUAUAUCUGCAAUUGUUUGUAAUAUCGGGCAAGUCAUAGCGAAGAUACCUGAUUUGACUGCCAGUAAUAAUCACCUGAGCUUCUCUUCCACUUCUGCUUCAUUGCAUUUUGCACGGUGCAUCUUACGCAUUCAUGUAAUAUGUCUUUGUAUACUUAAGGAAGCUCUUGGAGAGCGUCAAAGCCGUGUCUUUGAAGUUGCUCUUGCCACUGAAACGUCCUCUGCCCUUGCACCAGUUUUUGCUCCUGGAAAAGCUCCUCGUUCUCAGUUUCAGCUCUCUCCGGAAUUGAAUGAUUCUAAUCCGCCCAGUGAUAUUCUAAACAAUUCAAGUAGAGUAGCUCUUGGGCGGGCUGCAAAAAUAUCUGCAGCUGUGUCUGCACUUGUUAUCGGGGCAAUUCUUCAGGGAGUUGCUAGCCUAGAGAGGAUGGUCUCUCUCUUCAGAUUGAAGGAUGGUUUGGACGUUGUCCAUUUUAUGAGGAGUAUGAGGUCCAAUUCAAAUGGGAAUGCACGUUCAGUUGGGACAUUAAAGGCAGAUAGUUUGGCUGAAGUUUCUGUCCACUGGUUUAGGGUGCUUGUGGGGAACUGUAGAACAGUUUCUGAUGGAUUUAUUGUAGACCUUCUGGGUGAAGCUUCUAUUCUGGCCCUAUGUAGAAUGCAGCGGAUGCUACCUUUGAACUUGGUCUUCCCUCCUGCAUUUUCAAUGUUUGCAUUUGUUCUGUGGAGGCCAUUGAUUCUAAAUGCAAGUUCUGGGACUCGUGAUGAGGUUCAACAAUUACAUCACUCUUUAUUGUUGGCUUUUGGUGAUGUUAUAAAGCACUUGCCAUUUCGUGAAGUAUGUUUGAGAGACACACAUAGUCUUUAUGACCUCAUAGCUGCGGAUACUGUUGAUUCUGAUUUUGCAUCCCUGUUAGAAGCAAGUGGUGUUGACUUGCGCACGAAGGCUUCUGCCUUUGUGCCACUCCGUGCACGGCUUUUCCUAAACGCCCUUAUUGAUUGUAGAAUACCUCAGCCAAUUGUUAAACAGGAUGAUGGAAAUCAGGUGGGAGUACAAGGAGAGUCAAAGUUUCAUGGUGCUGAAAAUGAGACAAAACUUCUGGAUAAGCUCGUAUACAUUUUGGAUACCUUGCAGCCUGCCAAGUUUCAUUGGCAAUGGAUUGAGCUCAGGCUCCUCUUAAACGAGCAAGCUGUAAUUGAGAAACUGGAGGGCCAUGAUCUCUCUUUAGUUGAAGCUUUAAGAGCCCUCUCGCCCAACACUGAUAAAGCAUCGGUCUCUGAGAACGAGAGCAACAUUAUUGAAAUGAUCCUUACCAGGUUGCUUGUUAGACCUGAUGCUGCUCCACUUUUUUCUGAAGUUGUACAUCUUUUGGGGAGGUCACUUGAGGAUUCCAUGCUAUUACAGGCCAAAUGGUUUCUAGGAGGCCAUGAUGUGCUUUUUGGAAGGAAAUCUGUUCGUCAACGGCUCAUUAAUAUUGCUGUAAGUAAAGGUCUUUCAACUAGAGCUCAGUAUUGGAAGCCGUGGGGAUGGUGUCCUUCCAACUCUGAUCCCACAACAAGCAAGGGAGAGAAGUUCAAAUCUGAAGUUUCCUCCAUAGAAGAAGGAGAAGUGGUGGAUGAAGGGACUACCUUGAAACGGCCUGUGAAGGGGUCUGGCCAUACUGUUGAUGUUGAAGGGUUCCUUGUCCGUCAGCAGCAUGUCACUGAGAGAGCUCUUGUUGAUUUAAUUCUCCCUUGUCUUGAUCAAGCCUCAGAUGAUUCAAGAAGCACAUUUGCUAGUGAUAUGAUAAAACAGAUGAACCACAUUGAGCAACAGAUUAAUGCAGUUACUCGUGAAGCGAGCAAGCCUGCUGGAACAAUUGCUUCUGGAAUUGAAAGUCCAACAACUAAAAGCAGCCGCAAGGGCACAAGAGGUAGCAGUCCUGGGUUAGCCAGACGAGCCUCUGGUCCGGCAGAAACAGUACCACCUUCACCCGUGGCUUUGCGAGCAUCAUUGUCAUUGCGCUUGCAGUUCAUCCUGAGAUUAUUCCCUAUAAUAUAUGCAGAUAGGGAACCGUCAGGGCGUAAUAUGAGAUACAUGCUUGCCUCAGUUAUAUUGCGUACCCUUGGAAGUAGGAUUGUGCAUGAAGAUGCAAGCCACUUCUUUAAUCAAGCUUAUAGUUCGAAGAGAGAAUUAGAUUCACUUGUGGAGGCUUCUUCUACUGCUUCUGUUGUUAUGUCCUUGGAAAGUCUUUUUGAUCGUUUAUUACUGUUGUUGCAUGGUUUGCUGAGUAGCCACCAACCACGUUGGCUCAAGGGGAAAUCUAGCUCUAAAUCAUCCAGUGAAUCUAGCAAGGACUACUCUGCAUUUGAGCGUGAGGGAGCUGAGAAUCUCCAGAAUGAAUUGGAUCGAAUGCAGCUUCCCGAGACAGUCAGAUGGCGCAUCCAAAGUGCCAUGCCAAUUCUUUUCCCUUCUGUUCGGUGGUCAAUAUCUUGUCAGCCCCCAUCAGUAGCACCUGCUGCUCUCAGUUCCCUUCUACCCAGCAACCCAAUAUCUGUAUUGCACUCGUCUAAUGGUUUGAACCAAACUCAGAGGACUCCAGUUUCUUUAUUACGAACUGCCAUGAGUGUGUCCGGGAAGGCCAAGCACGUAUCAUCACAGCAAGAGAAUGAUCUUGAGGUGGAUCCAUGGAUUCUUUUAGAGGAUGGGGCAGGGUCAAGUCAAUCAUCAAGUAACUCUACCUUAGUUGGUGGGAGUGAUAAUGCCAAUUUGAAGGCAUCCAACUGGCUUAAAGGCACUGUAAGGGUUAGAAGGACAGAUCUCACGUAUAUAGGUGCAGUAGAUGAUGACAGCUGAUUUGAGUUACAUAUUCCUUUUUGAAUUGGAGGAGGAGCAAAGCCGAGACAGGUCUUUCAUUAACCCUACACUCUUUUUUGGUAUCUGGAAUCACCAUGUCAGAGCGUUUCUCCGCUUGCCUUUAGCGGCAUAUGAAGCUGCUGGGAGGCCCAUUCUUUUCUGGGGCAUUGGGUUGCAGACAAAACCCUGAAGCAGCUUUUCUCUAGCCUGCCCAUCCAACUGCUCUAGAACCCAGCUCGACUACUAACUUGUUCAUUAAGCCCCUUCGUAGAUUGCCCAAAUCAUGGCGCUGUCCGAUGGUUGUUGUACAUAUUGGAACUAUUGUUUCCUUACGUUGAGCUGAUUAGAAUAUUCAAAGGAACGAUAAUGUAGCUGUUUCAUGA